GAGCUACGUGGAGAUGGAGAGGAGGAUGAAGAUAUGGACGUACGAGGAGGGGGAGCCGCCGCUGGCGCACCUCGGCCCGGGCACCGACAUCUACUCCAUCGAGGGCCAGUUCCUGUACGAGAUAGAGGACCCCGGGAACCGCUUCGCCGCGCGCCGCCCCGGCGAGGCCAACGUCUUCCUGCUCCCCGUCAGCGUGUGCAACCUCGUCCACUACGUCUACCGCCUCAACACCACCGCCUACCUUGCGCCGCUGCGCCGCCUGGUCGCGGACUACGUCCGCGUCGUCGCCGAGAGGCACCCGUACUGGAACCGCUCCGGCGGCGCCGACCACGUCCUCGUGUCGUGCCACGACUGGGCGCCGCUGGUCUCGGAGGGGAACCGGCAGCUCUACGGCAACGCCAUCCGGGUUCUGUGCAACGCCAACACCUCAGAGGGCUUCAGGCCCAGGAAGGACGCGACGCUGCCGGAGGUGAACCUCGCCGACGGCGUCCUCCGCAGGCCGACGUUCGGCCUGCCGCCUGAGAACCGGACCACACUCGCCUUCUUCGCCGGCGGGAUGCAUGGCGAGAUACGCAGGAGCCUCCUGCAGCACUGGGUCGGCAGAGACCCGGACAUGCACGUCCACGAGUACCUCCACGCCGGGCAGGACUACCACGCGCUCAUGGCCAGGGCGCGGUUCUGCCUCUGCCCCAGCGGCUUCGAGGUGGCGAGCCCCAGGGUGGUGGAGUCCGUCUUCGCCGGCUGCGUGCCGGUGAUCAUCUCGGAGGGGUACCCGCUGCCCUUCAGCGACGUGCUGGACUGGAGCAAGAUGCCGGUGACGGUGCCGGCGGCUAGGAUACCGGAGCUGAAGGUCAUCCUGCGGGGCGUGUCAGAGAGGAGGUACCGCGUGCUGCGUGCCAGGGUACUGCAGGCUCAGCGGCACUUCGUGCUCCACCGGCCGGCGAGGCGGUUCGACAUGAUUCACAUGGUGCUGCACUCCAUCUGGCUCAGGAGGCUCAACGUCAGGCUACCGUACUGA